UUACAAUUGUAAUUUUAAUGCAUUUGUGAUGCAGUUGAAAGACGGCAUAAUUUUUUCAAACUGGUUUUUGUGUUAAAGGUUAAAGUGUACAUGAUCCUGCAAAAAAAGGUUUUUAUUAUUUUCGAAAAUAAUAUAUUUAUUUGUUGCAAAAUUUUAUGUAAACAUAAAAAAUCCAACAAAUGCAUGUGAAAAUAUAUAUAGCUUUGUUUAAAUUUAAAAUAGCAAAAUGAAAUACAGAAAAAUUAAAGGUGACAAACAGAAAACAUUUGUGUAUGUUGCUGGGGAAUUUGGUUACAUUAAAAAUAAGGAAUGGUUUUGUGUAUCUCAAGUGUAAACGCCGUCAACUUUGUGACGGAAGUGCAAUAAUAGUUUUGUCAGCUAAUUUACUUGAGACAAUAAAUGGUCAUAUAUACAUGGUCAUACUUGUGGAACUAGGUCCCAAAAUUUUGAUCACCUUCCAGCUCUUGCUGCAAGACAUGGCUUCAACUACAGAGCUACCUUUGCGUGAAAUAUACAACAAUGUAAUCCAGUUCUCAAAUGAAGGUGUCAAGGCUGCACUUACUUUCAGAAAGUGUGAACAAAUUCUACAGAGUGCCCGAAGAAGUCGCUACAGUACAAACCCUAAAUCUCCAAAUGAGGCAGUUCUAAACAUGUUGCAACCCAAUCCAUUUUCUAACAUCUACAAAGACCUUGGAGAGUUUGAGGACCAGUUAGCUUUGUUCUUUUGUUCUUCAACACUGCUGACAUAUUUGUCAGAAACCACUAUCCUGUUUGUUGAUAUUUCACUGGAGUUUGGAACAAUGCCUGCCUGUUCUGCAUGUCUUAAUGACUGGGCAAAAAGAAAGUCUCUACCUACGUGUUUUAAAAAAGCUUUACGAACUUUCUCCAACUUUAGUGCCACAGACUGUGAUGGCUGACUAUAAAACUGCAAUCGGAAACUCUGCCAAAGCUAUUUUUCCAAACAUAAGAAUAACCGGUUGCAGGUUUCAUUAUGCCCAGGCAAUUCUCAAAAAAGGCCAUUGGUCUGCAGGUGGCAGGCUUUCACAGAAAGACGUGCGAUUUCAAGUCUUUAUAUGACCACGCAAGUUACAUUUUGCUAUGACGGUUUUACCGCGGCUAAUUCAAAAAACGUUUUAGA